ACGCAGACAGUUGAGUGACGCCGUUGUUUUUACUCCACGGUUUAUGUCGCCGUACCUUUUUUAAUUAAUCGACAUGACUGAGAGUAAAGCAGGGACGGCCCCUGCGCCGGCCAAAGAGCUGCUGGCGUUGAACCCCAAACAAGAAACCGAGUUCAAGAAGCAGGUGCAGGAGGCGAAGAAGAACAAAUCUAGCAAGGGGGGGCAUUUGGACCCUGGCGUGAUUUAUGUGGGUCACCUACCACGCGGGCUGUUUGAACCUCAGCUCAAGUCUUACUUCGAACAGUUUGGGAAGGUCCUGAGGCUGCGGCUGUCCCGGAGUAAAAAGACAGGUGGAAGCAAAGGCUACGCAUUCAUCGAGUUCGAAUGUGAUGAAGUCGCCAAAAUCGUGGCGGACACCAUGCACAAUUACCUGAUGGGAGAAAGGCUCAUCAAAUGUCAAAUAAUUCCUCCCGAGAAAGUGCACGAGAAGCUGUUCCUCCAUUCCGAGAGGAAGUUCAAGAGGCCGUCGUUCCCCGCCGUGGCUCGCUACAACAAGACCCGCACGGAGGAGGAGCUGACCAAGAUGAAGGACAAGCUCCUGCGGAAGGAAGCCAAGCUCCGCAAGAGACUGGCGGCGCACGGCAUCGACUACGACUUCCCCGGAUUCGCUUCCCAGGUGCCCCCGAAGAAGAAGUCCUCUGAUUCCAUGGAUGCGUCUUCGUGUAGCGACGGCCCCACGCCGGUCUGCACCCCCUCCGUCCUGGAGAGGAGGAAGUCCACCGUCCCCGACGACGACGACGUAGACGAUGAGAUCAUUCUCAAGAUGCCCCCGGUAGGAAUGGACGAUGAGCGCUCCUCGGAGGAGGAGGAAGAGGAGGAAGGCGAUGACUCGGAGGGCGAGGAAGCCGCCGCAGUGGAUGCGGAGUGAAAGCCCCCCCCCCACACUGUUUGAUCGGUGACUCGGGUCUCUGGCUGUCACGGCACAGCUGCACACAUCAGGCUCGUCUUUGGACUGCGUUCAGAAAUCCCAGUGCGUCUUUCAGUCUGCGGAGGCCCCGUUACAUUUGAGGAAGAUGCCCCUUGUGUGAGUUUCCAGCGUAGCUGUGGGUCCUCCAGUAGUCCAUGGGUGGAGCUCGCGCCCCCACCGCAGUGAGCCUGAGUAACGGCCACUUUAGACUGGACUUCUUUGACACGUGUAUCUCCGUCUUGCAACGGGCCGCUUCCUUUGCCACAGGGUAAAAUGUUGCUAAAAAUUAAAAGGGCAUUUCUUGUUGUUUUUUUUUGUCCUGCACGCUUGUCUAAAAGCGUGGUUAAUUAAAUUUGUACUAUAUAAACUAUGAUCAUAAAAAUAAAUCAUGUGAGAAUGUACAAUCCCAAGAGGUCCUUUUUGUCGUCGUGGUGUUUUCUAGCCGAAGAAGCAGAGGGAAGCGCUCGCAUAUGCACCAGCUGACCCUUUGUUUGUGUUUGGAAGAUGUUUUGUCUUGUUGCUGUAGGAAAUGAAUGUAAGUAAAAUAAAAGAAAUUAAUUUGG